AUGCAGUCAAGUGAGAAAGUGAAGAUAUCUGAUAUCAUUCAAGACAUUAGGAAGACAUAUUCAAUAGGGAUUACACCAAGUAGGGCAUGGAAGGCAAAGGAGAUUGCAAAAGAAAUUGUUGAGGGGGAUGCUGUUAGACAAUAUGCAAUGGUUUGGAGGUAUGCUGCAGAAUUAAAAAGAGCAUGUGAAGGAAACACAGUGAAGAUCAAUGUAGAAAGACCCAUUCCAUCUAUUCAGCCAAGAUUUGGGGCUUUCUAUUUCUGUUUGGAUGGCUGUAAAAGGGGUUUCAUUCAAGGCUGCAGACCAUUUAUUGGUGUGGAUGGAUGUCACCUGAAAACUAAUUUUGGGGGUCAGCUGUUGAUAGCAGUGGGUAGGGAUCCAAAUGACCAGUAUUUUCCACUGGCAUUUGGGGUUGUUGAGACUGAGACCAAAGAAAGCUGGAGGUGGUUUCUACAACUGUUGAUGGAGGACAUUGGUCCAGAUAGAAGAUAUGUCUUCAUCUCUGACCAACAAAAGGGUUUGGUAAGUGUUUUUGAGGAAAUGUUUGAAAGGAUUGAACACAGGUUAUGUCUUAGACAUCUGUAUGCAAAUUUCAAGAAGAAAUUUGGUGGAGGUACUUUGAUUAGAGACCUAAUGAUGGGGGCAGCUAAGGCAACCUAUUAUCAGGCUUGGGAAGAGAAGAUGGCUGAGCUAAAGAAAAUUGAUCCAAAAGCUUAUGAAUGGCUGAUGAAGGUGCCUACAAAGACAUGGUGUAAGCAUGCCUUUAACAUUUACCCUAAAUGUGAUGUGUUAAUGAAUAACAUUUCUGAAUCCUUUAAUGCCACAAUACUAUGUGCUAGAGAUAAGCCAAUUUUAACUAUGUGUGAAUGGAUUAGGAGCUAUCUAAUGAAUAGGACUGCAUCUACUGUUACUAAGCUAGAAAAGUGGGCACAUAGGAUUAUGCCUAUUCCUAGGAAGAGACUAGAGAAGGAGGUAUUUAUGAGUGGACAGUGGAAUCCAAAUUGGUGUAUGAAUGACCAAUGGGAGGUGAAGCAUGCCUACAAUGGUCAACAAUUUGUUGUUGAUGUGGGUAAAAGAACAUGUUCUUGUAGGUUUUGGGAUUUAGUAGGUAUUCCUUGCAGGCAUGCUUGUGCAGCAUUGGCCUAUAGGCAAUUUAAACCUGAAGACUAUGUGGAUAAUUGGUAUUCUAGGGAGAAAUAUGGAGAGACAUAUAGUGUUGCAAUUAGCCCCAUUAAUGGGAUGGAUAUGUGGCCACAAGUUGAAGCAGAUGACUUACUUCCUCCAUUGUAUAAGAAAGGACCUGGUAGGCCUAAGAAGCUUCGAUUCAGGGAGCUUGGUGAAGGAGGUACAAGAAUGAGGAGGGUUGGAGUAACAUAUAGGUGUACAAAGUGUGACAAAAUUGGUCAUAACUCAAGAAAGUGUAAGGCUGCAAGUCAAAAUCCUGCUGCCUUGAAAAGAAAGAGGAAGGCUCCUAGGAAGAAACCUGCAGUAAAAAAUGAUGCUGGUGAAGAAGUUGCAGACCCUGUUGAUGAAGAGGUUGCAGACCCUGUUGAUGAAGAACUUGCAGACCCUGUUGAUGAAGAGGUUGCAGACCCUGUUGAUGAAGAAGUUGCAGACCCUGUUGCAGAACCUGUAGUCAACAAUGAUGCUGAUCAAAUGGCUGAUCAAAUGGAGGAAGAUGACAUGCCAAAUGAAGUCCAAGGUCCACAAAUAAUCACUACUGCUGCCACAAAGGUGGUGAAGAAGCUCAAGAUCAAGAAAAAAUUGAUUCUUGCUGGACAAAAGAGAACAAGUAACAGGCUGAGGGUGCUGAAAACUUUGACUCAACAGGGACCUGGAACUAGUGAUAACCCUCUUGUCAUCCAAGAGGAUGAACAGGGUACAUUAACUCAGGAGCAUAUUGAAGUUGGCUCAGACCCAAAGCUAGGGACUUGUAUAAGGGCUAUGAAGUCUUGGAGUGAUAUCUCUAAAAAAUAG